GUAGAGCCGGAUAACUUCAGAUUUUUUUAUAAAAAAAAACGUCAGAAAACCGGACACGCAUACGACCUGGUUUGACUAGUAAGAAAACCGGAGACCGGAGUAUGUUCUGCCUGUUACGUGUAUGGACACGAACAAACUCGGUCACGAAAACUCCUAUUGCGCUCGAUAUAUACUCGCUGCUCGGUAUUAUCACAGCUACCUAUUUCUUCUUUCCGGCCCUCCGAUAGCACGUACAACCAGCUGGUUCAAGCAAAGCUAACUACGACAAUCCAUCGAUUGAUGGCGCCGUCGUCGUCGAUUUCGCCGCCGUGGUCUGAGCUCCCACCAGAGAUCCUCGGCCUGGUCAUGGCCCGACUUGCCGCCGACGACCAUGCUCGGUUCCGGGCAGUGUGCCGCUCUUGGCACUCCGCCAUGCGACAUGAGCAUGUUCCUCGAGACCUUUUCCCUAGGAUCGUCCGUGGGGAUGGCAAACCCUUCUUCGUCACCUCAACUGAUGCCUCCGUUGACAUCGAUAAUGUGAGGUGCAUCGGCUCCACCAACGACUGGAUCGCCAUCGACUACACGCAGGACGACAAGACCCACACUUAUUUCCUCUGCAAUACCACCUCUGGAGCAAUUGUGCCACUCCCUGAGCUUGAUGAUGUCAUCGGCCGAGUUACCGAGGAAUUCCGCGUCUUCAAGGUGCACAUGCGGUCCACACCGGAUGAUGUCAUCGCCGUCAUGACAAACAACUGGAACUACCCCCUCAUGUUGGUCCGGCCAGGGAAGGGAUUGUGGUCGCCUCAGCCACGAACAACUCCUUUUGUCCGUAUCAUCGAUGUUGCCUUUCUUGGAGACCAACUCUAUGGGGCCACCCGAGCUGACAACAACACGCCUCUCGAUGUGGACGGUCUUGGACUCGUCUCUCUAGAUAUCUCCUUUGAUGAUGACGGCGUACCUAUGGUUACCAAUGUCAAGCGUAUCAUUAGGCUUGAUAAUGAAUCUGAUGAUUGGGGCAUUAUUGAUAAUACCGAUGAUGAUGAUGAUGAUGAUGAUGAUAGCAACGAUGACGAGGAGAAGACCGAUGAUGAUGAUAGCGACGAUGACGAGGAGAAGACCGAUGAUGAUGCCGAUGACGAGGGGGAGAGCCAGGACAAGGACAACGAUGAGGAGGAGGACAAAAAUGAUAACGAUCUUGAUGAUGAAAUCAAUGGCGAUGAUCUAGAUGAAUCGAGGAAUAAGACUGGUGAUGGCAUGAUUCUCGAAGCUAUCCACAUUACCGAUGAUGAGGAAGUGCAAGAGGAACCCAGGGAUCUAAUUGCCACCUUGUGGUACUUUGUGGAAUCAUGUGGGAAGAUGAUCAUGGUGAGACGAGAAUUACAAAUCCCCUACUAUGCUUUUAGAUACACUCGCAGUGUGAAGGUCUUUGAGGUGGACAUAAAUAUCGGCACAUGGAUGCCCGUGUCGGAUGGUCUGUGUGGUCAAUCACUUUUCAUUAGCAAACCUUUCUGCAAAUCUAUGCCAGCUGGUGGAGGGAUAGCGAAAGAUGCCAUUUAUUUUGUCGAUAGUGGUGAGGUGUUCAACAUGAGAUCUCGUACCAUAACCCCGCCACAGGGUUUAAUCGAUUUCCGUUUGUCAACAUGGACCUUUCCCAUGGAGCUAAUGGUUUAA